UCACGUCACCUUAUCAACCCUUUUUCCAAUAAAAAAAAUCAGACCAGAAAACCAUUUUUUUCUCCCUCUCAGAGCUGCAAAGGCCAAAUUAAAAAACAUACACCCAUUUCACAAAAAUAUUGUUUUUUUCAUGAUUAAUAUCAUUUCUGUCAUUUUAUAUUUUUUGUAGUAAGUUUUUUUUUCUUCUUCCCAAAAAAAAAUCCGCCAUUGAAGCUCACUUCAAGCUCUGUACCUCCACUAAUUCACUAUCACUCUUUUAUGAUACGAGUUCUUGCUGCGGUCAACGAUAGGUCAUAGGUCAGGUUGUUGAUUUUUUACGGUUUGUUGUGAUUGGUAUGAAAUGGAUACUGCUUAUAGUUUUAAACAGUCCAAUUUGAUUUAUGGCAUUGAUUGUAAACGAUAUCGUUCGUCGGAUUUUGUUCAUUCAAAAUUGGGGUUUAGAAUCAGUGGUUUUGAGUAUAACUAUGGAAGUAAUUUGAGGUCGGUUUCUAGAAUAUGUUAUAAGAAGAAUGUGAAGAGAAUUGAUGGUUAUAGUGGUGGUUCGAGUGCGAAGUUGCCGUUUGGAAGGGAUAUUGAUGGUCAUUUGUGGGGGUUGCCUUUGAGAAAAGCUGUGGUGGGUGGGUGCAAGAAGGAUUUUUCAGAAUCGAGGAGUUUGGGAGGGGUAGCUCGGUGUCAGGGUAAUGAUGCUGUAGUUUACAUUGAUGGAAAUGGUCGGAGUGUGGAGCUAGGAAAGGGUUCUGGAGAAGAAGGGUUGGUGGAAGAGGAUAGUGUCGCCUUAGAGUUGGAUACUUCUGGAGGAGAGAAGGAUGGGAAAGAAGAUGAGGAGGUCCAAGAUCCAACUCUGGAUGAGUUGAGAGAAUCGUAUCAGAAGGCAUGCAGAGAAUUGGAGGUUGCAAGGCUUAAUAGUACUAUGUUUGAAGAGAAGGCACAAAAGAUAUCAGAAGCUGCCUUUGCAUUAAAAGAUCAAGCAGAAAAUGCUAGGAAUGAUGUGGAUAAUACUUUAAAAUUGAUUGAUGACCUAGUAGAUCAUGAAGUAAGUGCUAAGGAGGCUGUUCAAAAAGCCACGAUGGCUCUUUCUUUGGCGGAGGCAAGGCUUCAGGUGGCCCUUGAAUCUGUAGAGGCUGUAAAGGCGACAAGUGAUUCAGAAAGUGAAAAUGAGGAUGUACUUGUGAACCUGCUAAAACAGGAGGAAGAAUCCCUUCUAGUUACUCAGCAGGAGAUCAGGGAGUGCAAGUUGGCUUUGGAAAAUUGUGAAGCAGAGUUUACAGGGCUGCAGGUAAAGAAAGAGGAGCUGCAGAAAGAGGUGGACAGAUUGAAUGAACUUGCUGAUCAGGCACAGAUGAGUGCACUGAAAGCAGAAGAGGAUGUUGCUAACAUAAUGCUUUUAGCAGAGCAGGCUGUUGCUUUUGAGCUCCAGGCUGCAGAACGUGUAAAUGAUGCUGAGAUGGCCUUGCAAAGAGCCGAAAAGCUGUUUUCCAGUUCUCAAACUGACAUCACAGACCCUACUGAUCAUCCAAGUAAGUCAUCCUCUAAUGAAGAUGGUGCGACUCAGGAAGAGUUUUCGAGUCAAGGAGCUCUGGGUGCUAAUGGCUUUGAAAAUGAAAGAAAUUUGGGGGUAGAAGGUGCUUCUUUGGCUAGCAAUCCCUCAUUGGAUAAGUCUUCUGAUAAAUCAAGACAGAAUCUGAAUGAUGUUCUUCUGUCUGAUGAUUUAAGUGAUAAAGAAAAUAAAAAACUACUCGUGGAAGUCAAUAAAGAUGCUGAUUUAGAUAUAGAAAAAGUGAAGGGUGCAACACAAACCAAGAAGGCAGAGAUCCAAAAAGAAGUGGUUCGUGAAAGUUCUCCUCAAAAUAGUCCAAAGGCGUCAGUGAAAAAAUCUUCUCGUUUUUUUCCUGCAUCAUUCUUUUCAUUUGAUGUUGAUGGAGAAGAGUUUACACCAGCCUCUAUAUUUCAUGGUGCUAUGGAUUCUGCAAAGAAGCAAAUGCCAAAAUUGAUCGUUGGAUUAUUGCUCAUUGGGACAGGGGUCACCUAUUAUAUAAACCAAGGCAAGCGAGGUCCUCAGCUGCUUCAACGGCAAGAUGUAAUAACUACCUCUAUCGAAGAAGUCUCUUUUAAUGGAAAGCCGAUAAUUCAGCAGAUGCAGAAAAUUCCCAAGACACUGAAGAGGCUAAUUGAUAAGCUUCCUCAGCAAGAGAUAACUGAAGAGGAAGCAUCCUUGUUUGAUAUGGUAUGGUUAUUGCUGGCCAGUGUGAUAUUUGUACCCAUCUUUCAGAAAAUUCCAGGGGGCAGUCCCGUCCUUGGUUAUUUAGCUGCUGGUAUCUUGAUUGGUCCUUACGGGCUUUCAAUCAUUCGCUAUGUGCACGGAACUAAGGCGAUUGCGGAAUUUGGAGUUGUCUUUUUACUAUUUAACAUUGGCCUUGAGCUUUCUGUUGAAAGAUUGAGCUCGAUGAAGAAAUAUGUUUUUGGUUUAGGCUCUGCCCAGGUGCUGAUAACAGCCGCAGCAGUUGGCAUGGUGGCCCAUUUUGUUUCAAAACAGGCAGGUCCUGCAGCAAUAGUAAUUGGCAAUGGCUUGGCUUUGUCAUCAACUGCUGUCGUCCUGCAGGUCUUGCAGGAGCGAGGUGAGAGCACUUCACGUCACGGGCGUGCUACGUUUUCCGUGUUACUUUUCCAGGAUUUAGCUGUGGUGGUUUUGCUGAUACUAAUUCCACUCAUUUCACCAAAUUCUUCAAAAGGCGGGAUUGGUUUCCAAGCUAUUGCAGAAGCCUUGGGAUUGGCUGCUGUUAAGGCAAUUGUUGCAAUUGCCGCUAUUAUUGCUGGUGGACGAUUGCUUCUUCGACCAAUUUACAAGCAGAUUGCAGAAAAUCAGAAUGCAGAGAUUUUUUCUGCCAACACACUUCUUGUUAUACUUGGAACAAGUCUCCUUACAGCAAGAGCUGGUCUCUCCAUGGCAUUGGGGGCAUUUUUGGCCGGUUUGCUUCUUGCAGAAACUGAAUUUUCAUUGCAAGUUGAAUCAGAUAUCGCACCAUAUCGUGGCCUUCUUUUGGGUCUUUUCUUCAUGACGGUAGGGAUGUCUAUUGAUCCAAAACUUCUCAUCUCAAACUUCCCGGUUGUUAUGGGAGCAUUGGGACUUCUAAUCGUGGGUAAGACUCUGCUGGUUACUUUAGUUGGGAGACUAUUUGGCGUUUCAACAGUCGCCGCAAUCAGAAGUGGUCUUCUUCUUGCUCCUGGUGGAGAAUUUGCAUUUGUCGCAUUUGGUGAAGCUGUGAACCAGGGCAUAAUGUCUCCCGAGCUAUCAUCUUUGAUGUUCCUUAUUGUUGGGAUCUCUAUGGCUCUUACACCAUGGCUGGCUGCUGGUGGCCAGCUGAUCGCCUCUCGCUUUGAGCUGCAUGAUGUGCGAAGUUUAUUACCCGUUGAGAGCGAGACGGAUGACUUGCAGGAUCAUAUUAUUAUAUGUGGAUUUGGACGUGUGGGGCAGAUCAUAGCUCAGCUCCUUUCGGAACGUUUGAUACCAUUUGUUGCUCUUGAUGUGAGAAGCGAUAGGGUGGCAGUUGGUCGUGCACUUGAUCUUCCUGUUUAUUUUGGUGAUGCUGGAAGUCGUGAGGUCCUUCAUAAAGUGGGGGCUGAGAGAGCUUGUGCUGCAGCAAUAACUUUGGACACCCCUGGUGCAAAUUAUAGAACUGUUUGGGCUUUGAGCAAGCAUUUCCCAAAUGUUAAAACAUUUGUUCGUGCCCAUGAUGUUGAUCAUGGUCUAAAUUUAGAGAAGGCUGGGGCAACUGCGGUUGUCCCUGAGACCUUGGAACCAAGUCUACAGUUAGCUGCUGCUGUUCUUGCACAGGCAAAACUUCCAACGACAGAGAUAGCAUCUGCAAUAAAUGAGUUUAGAUCCCGUCACCUUGCUGAACUCACUGAGCUGAGUGAAGCUAGUGGAAGUUCUCUAGGUUACGGAUAUUCUCGUGUCACUAGCAAAUCCAAGUCUCAGCCGCUGGACUCUCCGGAUGGAAAUCAAAUCAGCGAGGGGACGUUGGCAAGUUGAUUGUGCAGCUGAUAAUUAACAAACAGCAGAUAAAAACAACCAAAAAAACUGUA